AUGAAACACGACUUGACACAGGUGAAGUGGACUCGGCAUAGUGGACCAACCAUUGGAACAAUAACUGGUCCGAAAAAUGAUCAUACCCUUGGAACAAAGGAAGGCCAUUAUAUCUACCUUGAAACCUCGGAUCCGACUAAAGCUGGAGAUAAGGCGAGAAUUAUGCUUCAUAUAAACCAUACUGAUCAGUACCACUGCCUUAGCUUCCACUACCAUAUGUAUGGAGUAGGUAUAGGCAUCUUCAAUGUGGAGACUGUCAUCAACCACCAUAUACAGUUGCUGUUUUCCAAGAAAGGAGAUCAAGGCAACAUGUGGCAUUACAAACAGAUCAGCAUGCCACUUGGAACUUAUUUGACAUUUGAGGCCUCGAAAGCCAUUGAAGGGAGAAACUACCUUGGGGACAUAGCGUUAGAUGACAUAUCACUAACAGUCGGAAAAUGUCCAAAUACAAUAAUGACAGUCGAUGUCUGGGGCUGUGAUUUUGAAAAAAUAACUUGGGACGUUCCAUCUGAUGAAAAUGGCUGCGGUGAAUCAUUUCGAGGCAUGACACAGCUGAAAACUGACAGAUUUGAUUUCACACGUCUAAACAAAGAGACCCGAUCUCGGCAUACAGGGCCAUUUAACGCCAGUGAUGGAGAAUAUUUUGUAUACACGGAAUCCUCACCUGUGAAUGACAAUGAUAGAAGGUCAGAAAAUGCAGUCAUCCGAUCUCCCUUAUUUGAAAGUGAUGGAGUUCGAACACUCUCCUUCUCCUAUCACACAAGAGGGAUCCUCAUUGGAGAUCUGAGAGUUGAAGCCCUUGACUCCAAUCUCAAUAUUAUUCCAUUCAAUAAUCCGCAGCUGAAUAUGAAAUCCUCAAACUACUGGAAGUCAGCAACAGCGAUCUUGCCAACUGGAACAUCUGCCAUCGAGUUUCAUGUCACUCUACCAGAUGAUAAGAAGUUCUGGUCUUCAGAUAUUGCGAUUGAUGAGAUCCUCGUUACCAAAGAAGUUGAUAUCACAACCAUUCCACCUCCAACCACAGCUGCCAUGGCAACAACAACAACAACACCAACCAUAACUUCUAGUACCUCAUCUGGAAAUGAAGUUACAAAAGAGUCUAUUGGUGAAGAUGAUUCACUUCCUGUUCUUUGGUAUUGCACCUUUGAGAGACCUGGAUGGGAGAAUCCAUCAGACGGAGAUGGGUGUGGUGAUGGACAGAGUGGCAUGAUACAGCUCUUGGGGGAUGAUUUCAAUUUUACAAGAACGAAUAAGAAAACACCUUCAAGCCAUACUGGACCUUCUAGUGGAAGUGAUGGAGAUAUGGAGCCAUUAUCAAUGGAAUCAUUGGACAGAUGGAAGAUUGUGGAAAAUAUACGGUUACCUGCUGGGACAGCGGCUGUUGAAUUUGUUGUUGUCCUCCCAAAUGAUGACACAUUUUGGUCAUCAGAUAUAGCGCUUGAUGAAAUAUUUAUCAGAUACAGUGCAGGAUAUUAUAUGUAUUUAGAGUCAUCUACGCCAGCUAAAAAGGGAGAUAAAGCCCGAUCCAGGACCCCAUUAAUGGAUAUAUUAGAACCCACAUGUUUUAUUAUGUUCUACCACAUGUAUGGUCGGGACGUUUCUAAGCUUAGUAUCAUACUAUCUGGUACACAACAAAAAUUAUGGGAACAAUCAGGUAAUAAAGGAGACGAGUGGCUUAAAGUGCAGAUUCAACUGCCACUUGGAUCAUACGUCAUCGAUAUACAGGGUGAAAUUGGAGAUGGUUACCAAGGAGAUAUAGCGUUUGAUGAUGUUGACAUCAAGCCUGGGACAUGUGAAGGGAAUCAUGUUCCAGAAAUAACUUUGGUUCAAUCUCCAACUUUACCAAACACUAUGGCAACUACAACAGAGGACUCUUCCCCCAUGCUUACAACAACAUCAAACCCAACAACAACCGAACCUUCAACUACUUUAUCGUAUGAUGAAGAAGCAAGACCCGUUUUAUGGUAUUGCACAUUUGAGAAGUCAGGUUGGGAUAAUCCAUUAGAUAGACAUGGGUGUGGUGAAGGCCAAGAUGGGAUGUUUCAACUUGAUGGGGAUGACUUUGAUUUUUCGAGAACCAACAAAGAUACUCCAAGCAGGCACACUGGACCUUCCAGCGGUAGUGAUGGAGCAAUACCUGGUAUAUCUAUGAUGCCAUCACUGAUAUGGAAGACGAUUAAAGGAGUUCAACUUCCACAUGGAACAAUCGCCGUUGAGUUAAGUGUCACCCUCCCCAACGAUCCAUCUCAUUUUUGGUCGUCAGAUAUUGGAAUUGAUGAAAUAUACAUAUCUUAUGAUCAAGAUACAUCUGUACCAAUUACUGUACCAACUAGUAUAUCAACAACUGAACCAACUACUACAUCAACAACAACAGUGCCUUCUACAACACCAACUGUCAGAACCACUACAAUUGAAGAAGAAGCAAGACCCGUUUUAUGGUAUUGCACAUUUGAGACGCCAGGAUGGGACAAUCCGCUAGAUAAUAAUGGAUGUGGCAAUGGCCAAGAUGGGAUGUUUCAGCUUGAUGGGGAUGACUUUGAUUUUUCGAGAACCAACAAAGAUACUACAAGCUUUCACACUGGACCUUCUAGGGGCAGUGAUGGAGGGUACUACAUAUAUACAGAAUCUUCACCUGAUGGCAAUUCAGAUAGAAGCAAUGAAAAGGCAACGAUUCGUACACCAACUCUUUACGGUGAUGUGACCAAAUAUCUAUCCUUUGAAUACCAUACAUUUGGACACGUGAUUGGUGAUUUAACAGUGGCUACUAUAUCGGCAGAUUUGACAAUUAGUUCAUUCCCUAUACCUGGUAUAUCUAUGAUACCAUCAAGGGAAUGGAAGACAAUUAAAGGAGUUCAACUUCCACAUGGAACAAUCGCCGUUGAGAUAAGUGUCACCCUCCCCAACGAUCCAUCUCACUUUUGGUCGUCAGAUAUUGGAAUUGAUGAAAUAUACAUAUCUUAUGAUCAAGUCGCUUCUGAUCCAAUUACUGUACCAACUACUAUAUCAGCAACUGUAACAACUACCAUGCCUACAACUGAAUCUGAGUCGACUUCAACAGCACCAAUAACAACUACAACAAUGUCUUCUACAACACAAACAGUCAAAAUCACUGGAAUUGGUGAUACCAAUUUAAUGUCUAGUCUAUGGUAUUGCACGUUCGAGUCACCAGGAUGGGACAAUCCGUUAGACAGUAAUGGGUGUGGCGAUGGCCAAGCUGGGAUGUUUCAACUUGAAACAGAUGACUUUGAUUUUUCAAGAACCAACAAAGAUACUCCAAGCAGUCAUACUGGACCUUCAAGCGGCAGUGAUGGAGGAUACUACAUAUAUACAGAAUCUUCACCUGAUGGCAAUUUAGAUAGAAGCAAUGGAAAGGCAACAAUUCGUACACCAACUCUUUAUGGUGAUAUGACCAAAUAUCUAUCCUUUAAGUACCACACAUGGGGACAAUUGAUUGGUGGUUUAACAGUUGCUACAAUAUCGGCAGAUUUGACAAUCAGUUCAUUCUCUAUACCUGGUUUAUCUAUGGCGUCAUCAAACGUAUGGAAGACGAUUAAAGGACUUCAACUUCCACAUGGAACAAUCGCCGUUGAGUUAAGUGUCACCCUUCCCAACGAUCCAUCGCACUUUUGGUCGUCAGAUAUUGGAAUUGAUGAAAUAUACAUUUCUUUUGAUCAAGUCACAUCUGUACCAAUUAAUGUACCAUCUACUACACCAACAACUGUACCAUUUACUACACCAACAACUAUACCAUCUACCAUGCCUACAACUAUAGCUGAGUCGACUUCAACAGCACCAAUAACAACUACAACGAUGCCUUCUACAACACAAACAGUCACAACCACUGGGAUUGGUGAUAACCAUUUAAUGUAUAGUUUUUGGUAUUGCACGUUCGAGUCACCAGGAUGGGACAAUCCGUUGGAUAGUGAUGGCUGUGGUGAUGGUCAAAGUGGAAUGGUUCAACUUGAUGAUGAUGACUUCAAUUUUACUAGAACCAACACAAAAACUCCUUCAAAUCUCCACACUGGACCAAACAACGGUAGCGAUGGAGGGUACUACAUUUACACUGAAUCUUCACCGACAUCAAAAUUCGAUAGAAGUAACGAAGUAGCAAGAAUCCGAACACCAGUUUUCAGAAGCACAACUCCGAAAUAUUUGUCUUUCAGCUACCACACGAGAGGACGAUUGAUUGGAACGUUACAGAUAAAAGCCUUGUCACUAGAAUUGUUCACACUUCCGAUUGCUAUGCCGAUAUUGUCAAUGGAGUCAUCGGACCAAUGGAAAAGGGUACAAAGCAUUGAACUACCCAUUGGAACAGCCGCUGUUGAAUUUAGCGUCACUCUUCCCAAUAAUCCAAACAAAUUCUGGUCAUCAGACAUUGGAAUUGAUGAGAUAAAUAUUGGCUAUUAUGGAACAGAACAUACGACUGAAACUAUACCAACUCCAGGUGCAUGCACUAAUUACAGUUCAAUGGUGUCUCUCAAGGGAAGUUUUACGACAACACUAUCACAGUCGCCUGCUGUCUGUGAAGCUUUGUAUCAAAAAUAUAUAAAAGACAAUUUUGUACUUAUCGUACCUUUUUAUGAAAUUGAUGCAUGUCCGAGUCCCGUAUUCACUCUUGAGAUUGUUGAUGUGCACAUAUCUUUGAAUGAUAAAAUGAUCAUCGCAGUUGUGAAUAUAGGCAUAACAGUCAACAAUGUUCCAGAGACCGUUACUCUGAAAGAAUGUAUAAACUCCCUUCUUGAGCUGAACCAAUUUGCUUCUUUCCUUGAAUUCUUCUCUUUGGUACUUUUACCAGAGAUUGAAGACUGCACAGGAGGUCCCAUCACCCCAUCGUAUUUUAUGAAUAAUGGAGUCAUUAAGGAAUGCCAAGAUGAAAAGACUCAUACACCAUUGAACGUAACUCUUCAGAGAAUAGAAUGUGAUUUUGAACUUGGUGUGUGUAAUCUAGAGUCUAGUAAUGGUGCUAACUUCAACUGGACAAGGCAUAUUGGAAGCACACCAAGUGCCUUCACGGGGCCUUUGGGUGACACGACUUACCGUUGUGGUCACUACAUGUAUAUUGAAGCCUCGUCGCCAAGACAACAGAGAGAUAUAGCCGUCCUACAAACUCCAGAGGUACAGGUGACCUCAUAUUCUCCUGUUUGCUUAUGGCUGUCCUACCAUAUGUAUGGAUCUGAUAUAGGAAAACUGGCCAUCAGAAGACUUGAUACUGGACAGGAAAUUUGGUCGGAAUCAGGAAAUAAAGGGGAGUCCUGGCAACAGUUAACACAACAGUUACCCAUUGGUAACUAUGGUGUAUCUAUAGAAGGUGAGGUUGGAGGAGGUUACCUUGAUGAUAUUGCAAUAGAUGACUUGCUGAUCUCAUCUGGUCUAUGCGAUCGCAGAAAUGAUUCGAUUUUGCAAUCCAAAAACGCUACAUCUGAAAAGCUUCAACCAACCAUUUACUUCCUGUGCAGUUUUGAAUUAUCAUUUUGUGAAUUUACAAAUUCAUCAACCAGUGUAAUGUGGUUUAGGAACAGAUCGGUCGAGGAUAACCCUCGAAUUCCAAAAGAAGAUCACACACUCGGGAACUCCAAUGGUUACUUUCUGUACUACCGCGGUGGGUACCAAAGUGUUAAUAGUAGUAUCAUAUCACCGAUAAUCAGUCCUAAUCAACCAAAUUGCAUUUCUUUCUACCUCUACUAUAGCGAUAGCUACACAGGGAAAGGAUUCAAAGUAAAAAGAGUCGAGGAUGGAAUGAAAGAAACGAUACUGACAAUAGAACCAGGAUCUGAAGAGGGCAAACGUAAAUGGAAAAAACAUGAGAUUCACAAUAUUGAGAGGGGCAAUUAUCAAAUCGAAUUCGAAGUGGCGUUUGACUCAUAUGAUUCGUAUGCGACGUAUUUCGCGCUUGAUGAUAUUAUGGUGUAUCGGUGUGGCGGUUCUGAAGAUAUGGAAUCCCGUAUGGAACCACGUGUAGCUGACCAGGACACACUCUUUAAUUGUGGAUUUGAAGAAGAGAAUACUGAUUGUGAGCAACUUGAUGUUACGAUGGACCAAGUAAGAGGCUCCACCUAUUGGCGAAUUGGUUCGGGUGAUAUGGGAUUCAAACUAACUGGGCCAACUCGAGACAGCACGUUAGAAACGUGUUUAGGGCGCUAUGUGUACACAGACACGAUGAGUGGUAUUUUCUUUAACCUCUCCCUCCCUGUGUUCAAUGAGAGCACAUAUCUUCAGUUCAGUUAUCAUAUGUACGGGUCGCAUAUUGGAACUAUCGGUGUCAAAUCCGUUGAGUUUGACACAUUGUUGUGGGAGAGAUCAGGAGACCAUGGCAACGUGUGGGAACAAACAGCCAUCUUUAUUCCCGCUAAUGUUCAAGUUAGCAUAGUUGCUGAAACAUCAUGGGAGAAGUUUGGAGAAAUAGCAAUAGACGAUAUAAUUAUCAAAAUUGCAAGAAAAUCAUCUCUAACAACCUCUGCGGCUUCCUCAUCAACAAUAACAGCAUCCCCACUGACUUCAUUGUCACGGACAACAUCCUCAUCAGCAACAACUGCAGCAAUAACUAACGCCAUAACAGAAAUAACAACAAUGUCAAUAACAUUAACUGCUGCAUCGCAACCAUCAACCCUAACGAAUACAACUCUAAUGACAAAUACAACUCUAAUGACAAAUACAACUUUAAUGACAAAUACAACUACAACUUUAAUGACAAAUACAACUCUAAUGACAAAUACAACAACUUUAGACGCUUUCCACAUGAAUUGCCUUGAUCAACAUAAUACCAAACGUGCUCUCCAUCAGAACACCCCACCAUUGGCGUACAGCACCGUUUUGGCUGUCACUGCACAACGAUGGGCUGAUAACCUGGCUGCUCGACAUGCUUUCGAGCACAGUAAUGAAGACAACGACACGUUCAGGACUCCUGCAGCUGGGGAAAAUUUUUUUACGAUACCCAGCCUAGGUGACACGUUCCCUGACACAGCUGAUCUAUGUAAUGUCGUUGAAGUUUGGUACUAUGAAAUCAAAUUUUAUUCUUAUGACACAGCACGUACAACCAAGGAAAAACAGGCAGUCGGACAUUUCACUCAACUUGUUUGGAAGGACACAACUGAGGUUGGGUGUGGGGUUGCUCAAGUUGAUGGGAUCAUAUGGUUCAAUACAACAGUUGUAGAAACAUAUAUUGUAUGUCAGUACCUGCCAAGUGGCAACACUGUUAAUGUGAGAGUUGGGGACGAUUAUGAGGAAGCGAGAUUACGAAAUUAUGGAGCAAAUGUUUUGCCUCUAAAAGUGCCCCAAUAGAAGGUGAAGAACCAUAUUGAAUGAAUAGAUCAUUCAUUUACGAAUUACUAUUAAAUUCUAAUUCAUUCACUGCACCCCAACAGUUGAUCUUGAUCUUACUAAAGUUUCAACAAUUAUCUUCAAAACAACAACAUCCGGGCAGAUAUGGGCAGACGACAGGAUUCCUUAGCUUAUUAUUCACAAUAUUCCCGAGCCCAUAACCCGAACAGGUACAGAGAGACCUUCAAAAGAGACGAGAACUAUACUAACAAGGUGCCUACUCAGCAAUUGUAAGAUACAACC